AUUCAUACUUAACCCUGAAUCUGUUCCUUCUAGGGUUCGGUACUUUGGCGGGAAGACAGAACAGGUUGAAACUAUUCAGUUACAGGCGAGGAUUUAGAGGUCCUCCGAUGUCGUUCAUGGAAGAUUUUCAAGCCAGCCUAGAGUCACUGCCAACUAUGCUGCAACGCCAAUAUUCAUUGAUGCGUAAUUUAGAUAAAAGCUUACAAGAGAUCCAGCGGCAAAAUGAACAACGGUGUGAACAAGAAAUAGAGGAUAUCAAGCGGGGAGUUAAGUCUGGUAAUAUCACACCAGAUGCCUCACUUAUCAGAUUUUCAGAUUAUGCUCUUGAAGAACAGAAGCACUGCAUUAGGAUUGCUGAUGAAAAGGUUGCCUUGGCCAUCCAGGCCUAUGAUUUGGUGGAUGCACACAUUCAACAACUUGAUCAAUAUUUGAAGAGAUUUGAUGAAGAACUUCGACGAGAAAGGGAUCUAGCUUCUGCUGGUGGGGUAACUGCUCCAAACCUCGAUAUUAGUGUGAAAUCUGGAAGGGGAAGUGAAAGUAGCAAAAGGGGGCGUAAAAAAACACGCUUAGCAUCAGCUGCAGCAGCAGAACCACCAAGUAUGGAUUUAGAUUUGCCUGUGGAUCCAAAUGAACCCACAUACUGUUCCUGCAACCAAGUUAGCUAUGGAGAGAUGGUUGCAUGUGAUAAUCCAGAUUGUAAGAUAGAAUGGUUUCAUUAUGGCUGUGUUGGUCUCAAAGAACAACCAAAAGGGAAGUGGUACUGCUCAGACUGUGCAGCGUUACAAAAGCGUCGGAAAGGAAAAUGAAUAGCACAUAUUUUCUGGAUGUAGGAGCUCUGUUUGCAGAUCAUGUCUUCCAAGUUCCACAAGGAAAUGGAGUUUCUGUUGCUGCUAAUCUAGUUCUGGUAUUUUUCAUAUUCUAAGAUUUUGUGGAAGGUGGAGGUCCUAAGCUGAUUGUGAGAAUUAAAGAUCAUGAGAAUAAUCUCUGCAGUUUGCAGUAUGGCUUCCGCCAAUGAAUCAUGUUCUGGGUGUUUCCUGUAUUUGUCAUGGGCAGAGUACACCAAGGAACUGAAGAUGAUCUAUUCUGGGUUGGUUUUAUAACAAAUUCAGUCAUUAGCGACAAAAGAGGAAGCCAGACCCCCCCCAUAAUGACCUUGGAUUGUGGUAUUAGGAUUUCAACUUUCAACAAACCGUCCCUUGUGCAGGGAAGUUAGCAUUUUAGGUUUAAUGCCAAUUUUCAGGCUCCUCACAAGCAUUGCGGCAUUAUCCAGUCCUGGUUUUACUUGGACACCACUCUGACGUCUUUAAUUUGCAUAUUGAGACUGAUACUUUGUAGCAUUGAGAUUUGAGAGUCCAAGCAGAGCUGUUCAAGCCAGAGAAGCCAUUUCAUGUCUGCCUUGUAUAAUCUUUAGAAUAAUGUAAUAGCAACAAUAAACAUAUGGGCUACUUGAAGAUGUGAAUCCUAAGUCUCAACCCAGAGGUUUGUUUGAUGACUCCAUUUUGAAUGUGAUUCAGCACUCAUGGCCUGAAACCAUGUAAU